AUGACUGAAGGAUUUAUAAAAGCACAGUCUGAUAAUUUACCUUUGGUCGACUCGUUGAUGAUAGCCGAGUUUUUCUCCAAAAACGAAUUGUUUACGUCUGCUGAGCAACGCGGAGUUAAAGCGAAAAGGUCUGAAAGAGAGAGUUAUGGAGAUUCUGCAGUUGGAUAUGUAGAAUUAAAACGGGAAAAUAACAUUUGUUUAGUAAAGUGUAAGAUAUGCCCUGAACAUAGAGUCCGAGCUAAAAAUUACACAGUUAUUAUGGAGGUAAAUGAAGCUGAGGAGUCGAUUUUAAAAGCGCAAUGUCAGGAUUGUGCAGCUUCAGAAGGUGGGUGUAAACAUGCGAUAGCAUUUGUAAUGUGGGUUCAUCGAAGAAGUGAAGAACCAAGUCCAACCGAAAUUAUAUCCUACUGGAAAAAACCAAAGCUGUCGGGUGUAGGUACAUUAUUGCAAUUUGUGAAGGUUCAAGACUUUGCGAAAGAUGCAAGAGAGGAGAUAGUGAAUUCAACAAAUAAACAUUUUCUGGAGCAGUUCAUUGGAAGAGCCAUUGAAUGUGGAGCCUCUAGCCAGCUACUAAAAUAUUAUAAUGAAGAUAAACUUUUGAAUUUGGGAAUUCACCAGCUUUUAUGUUCAUUUCAAAAUGAUGGAAAACAAAUGACAGAUGAAUUUAUAAUGUAUGCAGCUUCCAAAAUGUCCACAGCUUUAUGUAAUGAAGCUUUUAGCAAAACAAAGGAACAGAGUGAAUGUAGUAUAUGGCGUGACUUGCGGUAUUGCCGAAUAACAGCUUCUAAAAUAUAUGAAGUUUCAAGGUGUAAAACAGUGGAAGGAAGUUUAGUAGAAAACAUUAUUGGUGCUUCUAAAAAAUAUGACACUCCUGCAAUGAAAAGAGGAAGAGAUUUAGAAGCAAGUGUUCUACGAGUAGUCGAAAAAAAACUGAAUACAAAUCUUUUCCGUGGAGGUGUCAUGCUGUCAAAAGACUUUUCCAUUCUUGGAGCAUCACCUGAUGCUUAUAAUGAUGAUAUUGUUGUUGAGAUAAAAUGUCCUACCUCAGAAAAAACUGUUUCCAACUAUGUUUUAAAUGGUGUCAUAAAUAAUAAGUAUUUGGCGCAGAUACAGCUACAAAUGCUUUUGAUGGAGAAAAAAUGUGGGGUAUUUUGUGUUGCUGAUCCUUUAUUCGAAAAAAAUAAAGAAGUUACCCUAAUUCAUGUUAGUUACAAUGAAGACUUUUUGAAUCCCAUUAUAGAAAAGUCUCUGGAAUUUUGGAAAACAAAUAUUUAUGAUAUAGUUAAGAAAAAUAUGUAA